GUCCUUCGGUGCUUUCCGCACUGUUGCCCCGAGCACACCGAGUCGCCAUUUUGUGCGUCGUCCCUUGGUGUUGACGUGGCAGGCUCGGUCAAGUUCCUCCAGCAGGCCAUCGUGCUACUGCACUUUGAGGCAUCGUACGAGCCUGCCAUCGUCUGCGGGGACCUAUUGGACGCGCAUCACAUUGAAAGUUCCCUUCGAACAGACUCGAAUCCCCGUGGCGAAUGGAUUCCAACCGACGCUGUGGCCAUCCACGAUGACCACGUCGAGUUCGAGUACAACGUCGACGCUGAGAAAGGGUGGAACUAUCGGUGGCUGGGUGGGUCGUCUACCCAGCAACGGCGCUGCUGGCACUGCAUCAAGGCGUAUGUGUUGGUUCAGGUGGAGGGCCCCGAACGCUCCAGGAAGCUCCAGGUGGUCGCCAUCGCGCAGUCGCCUCCGUUUGUCGUCAUGUCGUACCGCCGAGCAUGCAAAUCGUGUCAGAAAAAGUCGCGGGCGGACCCGGUGCUGUCUACCACGAGUCGCGAGGCGUGCGAGUGCGAAGGCAUUUACCGGCUCGGCGACACCCACUUGGACGAAAUCAUUUCCACCGGCGCGACGCACGUGGCCAUUCUGCCUCAGUGGCAGGCGGCGGCGUCAUCACGGAACAAGCCAACGACAGAGGACAUGGAGCGCCACCUGGGCUUGCUCUACGGCGUGCUCACAUCAACCCCCGCAGCCAUCGCCCUCGACUCGGCGCUGUUCCAACAGACUCUGGGGCUGCUGUGUGACGACGGGAAGGCCACGCCCAACCAGCCCACGUCGCAGACGAAUACACCCACGACGAGUGUUUUAUUGGCGCUCCUACGUGGCAGAGCGGCGUCGGACUUGUUUCUGCGACGACAUGCCGCCGUGAUCUUGGACCAGCACGAUUUGUUCCGACUGUACGAGCGAUGGCUGGGGCAGCUGUACGAUAUCGUCGACGCAGCUGUGCGACCCACCCACGACACGGCGGCGGUGUAUUUCGAGUCUUUAGCUGCAAUCAGCACCGCCUCGACCACGUCAUCACCGACAGGCUUUGAAGCGUUUGUCGCCCAACUCCGAGAAGUAUACCUGGCCCUAGAGUAUACUCCGCCACGAAUGGAUUUGUCGUCAUCGUCGUUAGCGUGGGACGGCACGUGGCGCUUUCACAGCCCAGCAUUCCAAGUCGAUUCCUCUGGCUUGAUGACAAGUGUGCUGACUGUAGUGCGAAGUCUGAGCAUGGGACUUGGGUUUCACCUGGUGCUGUCGCCCCCUUCCCUUUUUGUUCGAUCGGAAUUGGCGCUGUUCUCUACGAUUUGGUCCGAGUUUGUCCUGGACGGCAAGCCGCGGGUGCUGCGGGUGUUUCCCAAUGGCGAGUCCACCAUGUCGAAUGCCGGCGGUCUCAUGUAUGGAGAUUACAUGGGGUUUACCAUCGAUGCCAACCGCACCCUGUGUGUGGACGUGGUUUGCUGGCCAGUCCAGGGCGGUACCGCCUCGUGUUAUGUCAUUCGACUGGUGCUCCGCCGGUCCCUUCCCCAUUUCCUGCAAAUCAGCGCCACCGUGCAAGUUACCCAUAAGGUCACGGACCAAAUCACGUGGAACAUGACAGCUGCGGAACGUAUGGACGUGCUGCGUCGGUACACGCUCGCAACGGUGUUGGUCGUGGAGGUUGGGUA